CGCGGUGUUUGGUUGCACCCAGUCACGUGGGCUCAGUACGGCGGCGCGUUGGAACGCUGUAGAGGCAGUGGAAGAGGUUCCUGUCACGUGGGGCUUCAUACGGUGGCGCGUUAGGGUCAGAAAGGUCAGAAUUGUGGCGCGUUGUAAAGGAGGCGCCCAUCCCCUCGCUGGCGAUAAGACAGCGGUCUCCUGGCGACCCAUGGAGAUGACCCUGAUUCAGUGACCCAGUGGUGCUCCAGCGGAUUCCCAGCAUAGACUAUAACAACUUUAACUAAAUGAUCGGAACCCAGCCCUGCAUGUGGUCUACGAACUGAGAAACAUAUUUCAAUGCCUCCAGCUAUUUUGACAUGGGCUUGGCAGCUUGUGGCUAAAACAUUCUAUGCUCUUAUUGAUCUUCUAUUCUUGCUUCUAAACGGCUGCCUUGUUGCAAAUAAGCCUAAGCAACCAAAUGGCAGCAAAAAUGGAUAUUGAGCUUUCAGCUAAAUAUUUACCAAACGUUAAUGUAAAGAUCGUGGCAGUGGACUGUCACCCUGAUAAUGCAAUCAUCAAAUUUCAAGGAAAAUACAGCGCGGAAAGUGAAUUCGAUUACCAUAUCUUGCAAAACGAAAUCCAACUUGUCCCAAAAGUGCGAGGUGAAAUCGGUAACUGGGAAUUCUGUCUAGUACAAGACAAACCAUUUGGAGCGUGGCAAAGAGGAAAAGUUUUAAAUAAAACAAAUGAGAAAUAUGACGUAUUUUUGAUAGAUCAAGGAAAUACAGUAAAUGUGGAUUCCACUCAAAUAGCAUCAGCUUCUGUGGAGCUUAUUUCACUCCCUCCAAGAGCAGUGAAUGGUAUUUUCUCUGGUAUACUUCCUGUGGGGGACAAGUGGACCCCAAAAGCAGUAAACUAUUUCUCGUCCUUGGUAGGACUUCAGGUGGAAGGGCAUGGCCAAGCGGUCUUGUCGGAUCAGGUGACAAUUUUUGAAGUGCCAACCAUUGUGAUCAAUGCUGUGGAGUUAAACCUGGCAAGGUAUAUUGAUUCUACGACAUUCUGUCUUCUUGCAGAGGUUUUACACAAAUGUACCUCGCAUUACCAAUGCAAACAAUUGCCAGACUUGUUACAGCAAAAGACCUUAUAUUUGAGUUCUUCUCAAAGUCAGCAUGAAGAUCAUAGCAGUUCUCAAAAGAUUCUUGAUCAUCUUCGACCAGAUGUGGCAGUAGGGACAACUGAAAAAAUUAAAAUAUCAGCUGCUGUAAGCUACAGUAGGUUUUAUUGUCAUUUAUUGUCAUGGGAAGAAGAGCUAAGUAAUUUGACUACUUUGAUGUUUUCUCAUUACGAAACCAUUAAUAUACAACAAAAUUCCAUACUGGACAAUUUUGGAGUUCUUUGUGCUGCUAAAAGAAAAGAUGGUCUGUGGCAUAGAGGCAUAGUAGAAACUUUUCUUUGUGGUAAUAAAGUACAAAUCUGGUUUAUAGAUAUUGGGUGUAGAGAGACAAUAUCUUCCUCCUUUGUUCAAAAGUUAAAACCACAGUUCCUGACUUUGCCCAUGAUGGCUAUUCCUUGCUCUUUAAAAUGUGUGAAUGGCAACGCAGAUUAUGCCACAAAUAUUCAGUUCACACCCUUCAAAAAGUUCCUGUUAGGACAUGCUGUUAUUGCUACAUUUGAACAAUUAAGUAACGAAGAGUGGCUCUUUUAUGUAGCGUUGCAAACGAAAGAUUAUGAACUUAAUGAAAACUGCCAUCUAACAAAUCAAAGUGUUCCAGUAUUUUCGCCAAAUUGUUACAGAAACCUCUGCAAUUUUACAUUGCUAGAUAAACCAAGCACUUUUUGUGUCCCUGACCAAGCCACAACUGAGACGGUAUUGAAAUUUAAAACCAUUCAGAUGGAUGUAGAUUCAGUCCAUGUAGGUUAUGUUGAGUACGUGUUGAAUCCAUCCAACUUCUGGAUACGAACUGAUGAGUUGCAGAACGAGUUUUCGGCCAUGAUGGAAAAAAUUGCAGAAAUCUAUAAUCCUUGUGGACCUACCGAAAGAGUUAUUAAAGAUCCUGAACCGGGUGACCUUUGUUGUGCACUGUACAAUAAAGACAGACAUUAUUAUAGAGCUGUUGUCACUGAUAUUUUUGAUUUAAAAGUUUCCGUUUACUUUCCCGAUUUUGGAAAUACAGAGACUGUUCCUUUUUAUGAUGUUAAAACAUUACUGCCGGAAUUUGAAGUUUUGCCUGCUUUGGCUAUGUGCUGCUCUUUGGCAUAUGCGUAUCCUCUGGAAGAUGUGUGGGUGAAGCAUGCCAAUGAUUUUUUCAAACAAAGUGUUUCUGGUAAAGCUCUUCUUUUUCAUGUUCUUGCAAAGCAGAAACACAAAUACAUUGUUGACGUGCGAUAUUUGGAAAACUCUGAAGACUCAAAUAUUGUUACAAUGAUGGUAGAGGCUGGAUAUGCAGAAUAUUGGAAGGUAGACUUAAAUCCAAGUCCUGUGGUUACAAAGAGUCACUCAACAGCAAAAAGUAAAAAUUCUAAAGUUAUUAAACAUAAUAAAACUUACAUGACCAAAGCAAAGCAUGUCUCAAAAAAUUACCCAAAGCAGGAUGAGAAAUCAGUGCCUAACAAGCCCCGCCAAACUGAAGUCUUGCCUAUUUCUUUUAAAGAGUAUUUAUUUAAUCCAGGAUCUGUGGUGGAUGUCAAAUGUUCAUAUGUGAACUCCCCGAGGGAUUUCUGGUGCCAGCUGCUAACAGAAACUUCAGAAUUAGCAAGUUUAAUGAAAGACAUUCAGAGUUAUUAUUUGCAUAGUAAUGAGAUGUACAAACAUGGGCAAAUAGCUUGCAUUCUAAAGUGUGUGAACACUGGUACAUAUUAUAGAGCAGCGGUUCAAAAUCUUACAGAAAAGGGAGUGGAUGUGAUUUUAGUGGACUAUGGAUAUACUAAAAGAGCUUUGAUUUCAGAUCUUCGAGAAAUAAAGCCCCAGUUUAUAAAGUUAAAGGGUCAGGCAUUUCGUUGUUGUUUGAACAGCUUUAUUACUCCUGUAAGGCCUCAUCUUAGUUGGACAUCUGAGGCCUGUAGAGACUUUAAAGACUUUGUCAAUUUGUCUGUCACUGAGAAUUUGAAGUGCACAGUCCAUGCCCUGUUCAGCAUCAGUUCUGCAGACCUUUUUAAUGCUGUCAGUUUGGAAACUCGUUUUAUGAAUGUAUGUCAGUUUCUGCUUAACAAAGGACAUGCCGCUUUCUCACAUGCCUCAAUUCCGUUCAUUACUCUCCAUAGCUUUUGUUACUCUGACUUCAACAUUAAAGUAGGAGUUUUAGAACAGGUGUACAUUACACACAUUUACAGCACUGGCAAAUUUUACUGUCAACUUGCUAGAAACACUGAAGCAAUUGAAGCACUAAUGAAAAAAGUAUCAGAAAUUGGUGAGCAAAUUUCACAACUUGAUUGUACAAGAGAAAAUAAAUUGUGUAUUGUGAAGUAUUAUGAAGAUGGCAACUUUUAUAGAGCGUUGGCACACCCUAUAGAGUCUUCCUCAUUGUUCUCAGCAUUUUUUGUCGAUUUUGGAAACAGCCAGAUGGUAACAAAAAAGGAACUGCUACCCAUACCAGACACAGCGGUAGAUCUUUUGUGCAAACCGAUGCAAGCUAUCCAGUUUUAUCUUGCUGGCCUAAAAAAUGCUGUUCUCACAGAAGAAGUUAAAAAAUGGUUAGAGGAAAACUGUUUGGGCAAUCAGUUGAAUGCUGUUGUAUUGGGCAAAGACAUUGACAACCAGCUCAUUGUAGAGCUGUACAAGGAAAAGCUUCAAAUAAAUCAGAAGGUAAAAGAACUUCUAGGCUACCCUCCUUCUGGGGAUACGAAGGUGCUUUCUCCACAAUUAGAAAAUGUAAGUAAUCCCACAAUAGAAAAAGGUACAUCAAAACAACAAAAAAUGACACCACAUGAGCUGAAGAUAGAAGCCCCAACACAAAUUGAUGAAGUACCUACUGCCAGUUUAAUUUUGGCCUUUGAGAAGUUAUCACUGAACCAAAUACAACAUAAAACUGCAGAAAAUCUAACACACCAUGAAAAUAAGGUUACUUUGAAUUUGAGUAAUGCAUUAACAUCACGUAAAACCUGCAUUGAUUGUUGUGAUCUGCCAAAGUGUCUGAUUGAACCAUUGUCUAAAGAUGUUGGAUAUAUUUCCCACAUAAACAGUCCUUCCAGUUUUUACAUACAACUCUCAAAAAACGAGAAGACAUUAGUUCAUCUUGCAGAAGAACUUAAUGAGCAACCAAUGUCAUUUCAAGCUCUUUCUGACACAGAUUGUAAAAAGGGCAUGCUGGUAGCUGCUGAGUAUCCAGAAGACCUUUCUUUUUACAGAGCCAAAAUUCUAGAUGUUAGAAAAGACAAAUCUUUUGACGUGGAAUUUAUAGAUUAUGGUAAUACUGCAAAUGUGUCUUCAUUAUUUUUGCUUCCGGAUAAAUUUUUAUCUGUUCCUAAAUUAAGUAUCUCUGCUUCUCUUAGUGGUAUUGAAGCAUUAAAAACGAGUGAGGAAUGGCGUCAAGAGUUAAUCUCUUACUUUUCUCAAAAAGUUGACGGAAAGUCCCUUGAUUGUACGUUCUUAGAAACGGACGGAUUGCAUUGGGAGGUCAGUCUAGUAUGUAAAAGUGAAUUAGUAGCAGAUGAUCUAAUUAAAUAUUUUGGUUCAAGGAAAAAGCAAAAUACAGCUGGUACAACUGCUACCCGUCCAAGGCAGCCUUCAAGCUCAACGUUAAUUCAUGUGCAAAACCAUUUUCCUGAAUUGUGCAAUAUAGUUGAUGAAGCAAAAACUAAUAUUACUAAUGGAAAUGAGACCAGAGAAAUCCAAGAUCAGGACUUGAAACCUAGUCAGAUUAAAAAAGUGAAAAAUAUUUACUUUGCGGACUGUGGGAGAUUCUUUGUUACUUUAGGUGGAUGUUCACUGGAAUCCAACUUAGUUUCUCUGAUUGCGGAUGCUGUCAAGAAGGCUAAUAACAGGCUAGCGGUCAAAAACAUUACUAAGGGAAUUAUGUGUUUGGCAAAAUCUGAAAAAAUGAAGACAUGGUUACGUGCAUCAGUAGAGGAUAUCUUUCCAAAGACAUUAAAGAUGUUGGUCUUCUAUAUUGACCAUGGUGCACACGAGUUAGUAAGCAUGCACAAUGCUAAAGUACUAUCAGCCGAUUUGUUACAAAUUCCAAAGCAAGCUAUUGCUUGUAGAUGGGCAUGGAAUGAGAAAAUUAAUGAGUCAGAAUUCCAAAAAGUGUUAUCGUCGCUCAUGGAAAAGGAUGUAGAAAUCUUGUUUCUGAAAUUCUUGAAAUCCUGCCAAACCUGGAAAGUAGAGGUGCUAAUAAACGGGUCACUGUUGAUGGAGUAUUAUAAUGCUACAAAUCACCAAGCUGAAAAUAGUGAAAAUAAUUCAGUAAGGAAUCAUUCUUCUGAAGUAUUUUAUAUUCCUGAGUCAACUCUGGAAUGUGGGAUGAUUUACAGUGGCUUUGUUACAGCAGUUUAUGGGCCUUCUGAUUUCUAUCUUCAGUUAGAGGAUUCGGUGGAUUUAAUGAGUAAAUUACUAUAUCUUCUCCAUGAACUCUCUGAUGAUCUCUUGCCUUUACCUCGUGAGUUAUUGGAGCCUGGUGUAGCUUGCCUUUUAAAGUGCUUUGCUGACAAGACAUGGUGCAGAUCAAAAAUUAUAAAAAUAGAAAAUUCAAUCCUGCUAAAUCUUGUAGAUUACGGCCUGCUUAAAAAUAUUCCAUUUUCAGAUAUUGGCAAGUUAAAAUGUAUUUCAGAAAGUCUUGCCUGUCUUCCAUCUUUAACCUAUCACUGUAUGAUACAUGGAGUCAAACCCUGUGGUGGAUCAAAGUGGUCCGAAGAUGCAGGGACCUUCUUCGCGGACUUUGUAAAGAAACAUUUCUCAUUGCUGUUUCAGUGUGUUAAAAAUAAAUCCAGUGGCAAAUCCGAAGUGAAUAUUUAUGGUCAAGGAAGCUUAUCUAAAUGUCUUGUUUCUAUGGGAUUUGCGGAGUUCUCAGAAACAGCAACAACAUGGGAGUCUGAUUCUGGAAAUAACAUGCCAAAUGGGCUCUUAAAAUCUAGCACGACAGCUGACCUUUACUUACAGAAUUUAAACGAAGAGCAUCACGACUACAAUUGUAAUGUUACGUUAAAUUCAUGUGCACAAAAGAACAGCAAAGAACUCAAAUGCCUGAUAAGCAGGGAAUCCAUUUAACCACAGUGAAAAAGUGAACGGCACUUGGAAAUCUGCUUUCUGCAAUACAUGCACCAUCCUCAUAAGACACCGCUCCAUUACCAAACAUCCUAGGUUUUUCUGCAUAUUGAAUGUAUAAAGAGCACUUUUGUAUCCA